AUGUCCUACGUCCAGGUGCACCUGGAGAGCGACCCCCACGAAGCGGACCGCCAGUUGCAACAAGCCGUCCAUUCGACUUACAGACGCUCCAACGGCUACCCGUUCCAUUCUCGCAAGCAUUCGCGCAGCUCAGCCGCGGACUCGGACUGGCCGUCAGACGAGUCUGGCCGCUUCGACGACGCAGAGGAAUCUGAUCUAGACGAGCAACCUCCCAACUCGCCGUCCGCGCAUUCAUCCAAGCGGCGCCGUUCAAACGAUUGGCCGCUCCAACCCGGCGAAGAGAAAUCCCUAUCAAAGGACAAUGGCAAUCACCGCUGGCCGUUCAAGAACUCGAGUUACGGCUCACCGCGUCGGAAUGGACGCCAGGGAGGUGGCGGGGAUAAAUCGAGCCGGGGCCGACCGUCUCGGUUCAUCGAGGCGCACAUGAACGACAGCGUGAGCGAAAAGCCGCCUAGUAUCUUCAUACGCGGGGACGCGGGCGCAUCCGCGCAGAAUGACAGCGGUGCUGGUCAGAGAUCAUCUGGUAUCUUUCGGUUUGGGAGGGCGAUUGCAUCAGCGUUCAAUCCGUUUGGGGUGUGGGGGAAUGUGUCUGAUAUCUGGCGCGGCUCGCAGUCCGAGCACAGACUGGAAGGCGAUGCCAGGGCGCAGGCGGAGAAAGCGUAUGCGGAGCUUAAGAAGGCAGGCUACAAGGGGACUGUCAAGGGAAGCUAUAUGCAGGGCAUCCAGACGAGUGCGCCUGCUGCGGAUCAACAUUCUCGUAGAGCAAGUCAGGCGCAGUGGGAUGGCAGCAAGACUUUGGGGCGUCACUCGAGGCAGGAUUCCACAGAAGGAUACGGGUCUGGAAGUUCCAUCCGGAGUUCGUUGCAGGAACUACGCAAGGCCAAGUCGUCGCUAGGCAUUCCUUAUAUCAAGCGAGGAUCUGAGGACUUGGAGCGUCCCGAAGUGCGCAAAUCGCGAUCCCGCAAGGAGCUACAGAAGCAAACUAAGUUGUUGAAGCGGGUCAGUGAUCUCGAGGGGAAGCUUGAACGCGCGAGGCGCGAGUUGCGCGAAUUGACGGGCGAGGAGGACGAGGAGGAGCCGGUAAGGACACUCUGCCAGGAGAGACCCUAUCAUCGACCGUUCGUGCCCGGAGCCCUCCCAACGCUACCUUCGGAGCGAUUCUACGAGAAAGAUGCCACGACAGUGCCUGAUUCACAAGCAGUAGAGCUAGCGGCUCUGUCCGAGGCGUCUGGGAAUGUCCAACGCGUGGCGGAGAGCCAGGGAAACGAGUUGGCCACAGUGGAAAGCCCAUCCCUCAAGAGAAAGUCGCCGGAUCCAAAGUCAGUCCAUGACAAGGUCCAUCAGAUGACUAAAGAUCCUCCUAACAAGGAGUCUCAGUAUGAAGAACCCGCCCGUUCUCACGAAACCAACACACCCCGAAAGGCAACCAAAAUGGGAAAGAGUGACAGUCCUGGAUCUGUCGAGCGAAAGCGGACGCAGGACCAAUCGCAGCCAGAAGGGCACGAAUAUCGAGGAAGAAACCAACACCAACCGCGGCGACGCUCAAAUACACGCUCGCCCUCCACCCAUGGACGAAGAUCAACCUCGCGGAGUCGACCGAUGCCCAGUCUCCGAAUGAAGCAACGACGCUCAGAUCUGCGUUCCGCCGGCUCCGGUGCCAGUGAGAAUCAUCUGAAUGAGGUCGAGAAGCAACCGAACGGCGAGAACGAACCUCAGCAGGAGCCGUACCUGGACUAUCCGAUCAUUGAUCUGAGAGAACUGGACGACAUGACCGGCGCUCCCACUCCAACGUCCACCCCCAGCCGCGGCUAUUUGCACGAGCGUAUCCCGCCUGUGCCUCCACUCCCGAAGAACCUAGCUGCCACCGCUGCAAAGGUGGAUAGACGGCUAGCCAGAGAGCUCUGGAAGAUGAAGAACGCACAGAUGCAGGACUCGGGCCAGACGCAACCUAAGGAAGAGGACUUUCGAUGGCCUGAGGAUAUUUUCUGA